AUGGCGGGUGUAAAUCAGUUGCCUGUGUCAGUUGCCGCCGAUGGCGUGCAUGGUCGCAAACGCAAUGUGACUAUUGCGGGGAUCGACAGUUCCCCGGGGAGUAUCGAAGAUAUGGACGACAAUGAGGCGCGAGAGGAGAAGAGACGUCAGCCAGUGAAGCGCGCUUGCAAUGAAUGUCGACAACAGAAACUCCGAUGCGAUGUCAUCCAAGACCCAUGGACAGAUUGUUCGCGGUGCCGUCGACUAAGGCUUAGUUGUAAAAUCGAGUCCAACUUCAAACGUGUUGGGAAGCGCAGUCGCAAUGCGGAAAUGGAGAGGGAAAUAAUGGAGCUUAGGAAGCAGAUUGCUAGUGGCCAAUCAGUCUCUGGAAUGCCACAGCAACAAGCAAGACAAUUGACACCCAAGCAAGAAUCGAAUCAAGUCAGUCCUGCAGUCUAUCAGACCCCAUCAGCCAUGUCCGCAGAUCAGUACAUGGGGUCUCAAGAAGCUGUCGCGUCCCUCCUGGACCUUCGUUCGGGCUUCGAUGGUACCAACUUCAUGAGGAAUGGUGGGCAAAUCAGACGAAUUGAGGAUGUUAUGGUUGCUCCAGAGAAAGUGACAGAACUGUUUAAUAUAUUCUUCACAUACUACCACCCUUUCCUUCCAUUUUUGGACCGAAAUCAGUCUCCCGAUGAUUAUAAUAAUUCCUCUUCAUUGCUUUUCUGGACAAUCCUCAGUGUCGGUGCACGGCGCUAUCAAGGCGAUUCGAAUUUGCUGAAUUCUCUCGCUGGUCCAGUCAGCCGGCUAGUCUGGAGCACUCUCGCAGAUAUCCCUCAAAGCUACCAUGUUGUGAAGGCUCUUGCUCUACUAUGCUCGUGGCCGUUCCCCACAAGCAGCACCUCGACAGAUCCGACCUUCAUGCUAUGUGGCAUGAUGGUACAGGUUGCUAUGCAGCUUGGUCUUCACCGGCCUUCUCACACUCAGGACUUUAGUAAAUUCCGAGUGGAACUGAUUGAGGAUGAAUUGAGAGACAAGGUGCGAACCUGGGCGAUUUGCAAUAUUGUUGCUCAAAGAGUUUCCACCGGCUAUGGACAGCCAUCGUCUACUCUUUACGACUGGACAUUAUCCUCGAGCGAUUCGUUAGACCCGAACUUCAAGCUUCCUGAAAAUAUCAAGCCAAGAUUGGAGAUUGAAAAGUUCUGCGACAAGGUCACCCGAGCGCUUUACACAAAUCGACGCGAUCCUGUUGGCUUAACCAGCGACCAUGAACGGUCAACGAUGAUUACCUUUCUGUCGCGAGACUUUGAGGAGUUGGAGGAACAGCUUAAAUCGCAGAAUGACUGUAUUACUGACUUGUUCCUCCGUGCUGCUAAUCUUCAUUUGCACCUUUCGGCGUUCUUUGACGAGCCAACCACUAAGAAUUAUCGCGAACGCGUCUUAUCUCUAUACGUCGCUACGACCUCAUUCCUCGAGGUUGUCCUUAACCUUGAGACCGAGGUUGGCCCUGUUCUCUCUUAUACCCCAUACUACGUCUACCAGAUGAUGGUUGCCGCCGGCUGCACUCUUCUGAAGCUUUGCAAGAGCUUCUUCGCCUCUCACAUAGACAUGGAAUACACCAAGAACCUAUUCAACCGUACAAUCUGGGCCAUCCGAGGGGUGUCAGCGUCCAGCAAUGACCUACCCGAACGUCUUGCUGAAGUGUUGGCUCAGAUGUGGAGAUUGGGAGGAGCGACUCAACGGGCGAACAAUAGUACCGAUGUUGACGACUCCCUGCGACUCAAAGUACGCUGCCGGAUGAGCAUGUCUCUACUUUUCGACUCUGUGUGGCGCUGGCGAGAGGAUGCCAGGACUAAGGGCCGAAACAUUGAAGCCUAUCUCAAAAACCCAACAAACCCUGACUCGGCAGCCGACUCCUCGGCCACUUCAUCUGUCGGCCCUGUACACACAUCUACAAUCACGCCAGGAAUCACUGGGAAUGAUCCCAGCCUUGCCCGGCACCCCUGCUAUCCCAGGCUACUCUUGGGAUUCAACCGUCCACAAGCCAAUCUAACGGACUUCCAAGUGGCUUCAUUGAACCUAACUACGAAGUUUUCGAUCCGUUGA